AUGACCGAUGAAAAUGAUUGGGGAGUCGGUGGCGGCUACAGCCGCCAGGGCGCCACCGCCACGGGCGUGCCCGUCGAGCUUGGUGAUGAUCACACUACCGACGUCCACCGCCUUGUUGAAAGCGGCGGCCUGGUCGUAACAGGCCUGACCGAUAUGGCUGUCCAUGACGAAAAUGACGUCGUCGGGUUUCACCGCCUGGUGAAUGAGGCGCAUUUCCUCGAACAGCGACUCCUCCUGCUUGUGACGACCGGAGGUAUCGACGAUGAUGAUGUCGUACUUCUCCUCCUUGAACUUGGCCACACCUUCAGCAGCAACCCUGACGGCAUUGGCCUCGCUGUAGCUACCGAAAAAGGGAAUUUUCACCUUGGCCGCAUUCUGCUUCAGCUGGUCAAAGGCACCGGCACGGAAUGUGUCCGCGCAAAUCAGCGCAGUGCGCCACCCCUUGCGCUGGUAGUGGUACGCAAACUUGGUGCAGGUUGUCGUUUUACCCGCACCCUGCAGGCCGACGAACAUGAUAACAUUAGGUUGACCCUUCUUCGGCGUGUACGGCUCGCGGUCGCUGGAGAGCAUGGAAAUGAACUCCUCAAUCACCGCCUGGAAAAGAUGAGUAUCGUUGCCAACUGGGAGAUAACACGAAGACGCUAG